AUUGUUUCCAGUCUCUCAACUGGUAGUUUUGGCGACAAGGCAACCGUAAAAUGUGCUGUUGGCUUCUCUUUCUUCGAUACCACGAGAUCGAAGAAACGGACAGGGGAAGAAACGGCAGUUGUGCAGUGUAGAAGCACUUUCUCUCCGUCUUCAUCAAAUUCAAAAGCUGGCGAGGAUGAGCAGCAAGAUCAAGAUGUCACCGCAUCCAUC